AUGAGUAGCUAUUCACUAGUUGAAUCAAACUCUUUUGGAUCUGAAAACUGGUGUCUGAAGUUACAACCUAGUUAUAAGUAUGGAUUAUUAACUGGGCUUAGUAAUGGUGAAAUACGUUUGUUAGACUGGAAUAGUGGCCAAUCAUUACAAAAGAUCAAAGCAAGUGAGACAUCAAUCAAUGAUUUGAAGGUUAUUGAUAGUGAUUUUGCUGCAGGGCACCUAGUUAGCAGUGCCUCUAUCGAUGCGGUGAAAGUUUUCGACAUUAGGACGAAUGCUUGUGUCGCCAAAAUCCACAACGAAGCCAACUCCCCUUUUAUUUCUUUAGAUUCCCGUCAUGGUCUACUAGCUUGUGGUACUGAAUUACAGGGCAUUGAUGCUGCUGUGUAUAUCUACGAUAUUCGCAGAUGGGAUGCUCCAUUGAGAUCAAUCAUUGAUUCUCAUCAUGACGAUGUCACUUGCAUUAAGUUCCAUCCUUCAGAUGUCAAUGUUCUGCUUAGUGGAUCGACUGAUGGAUAUACCAACAUUUAUGAUUUAAAACAAGAUGAGGAGGAAGACGCUUUACAUCAAGUCAUCAACUACGCGUCAAUCCAUUCCUGUGGAUGGUUGUCUCAAAAGAGAAUAUAUACACUAUCACACAUGGAGACAUUCGCAAUUCAUGAACUAAACGACAAAUCCGAUGAAUUCAAGGAACCACGACCUGCCGACUUUGGUGAUAUUAGAGAAGCAUGGAAUUGUGAUUACGUGGUAGACGUUUAUCCUGGCCUUAUUGCAACCGGUAAAACUCAGGAAGGCGCUGGAGAGCUACGUCUGUUGCCAUUUAGAGAUGAAAAAGUAGAUGCUGAGAACGAGAUUGUCAUUCCACGCGCACAUGGAGAUGAAGUGGUCAGAGAUGUAUUCAUAUCAGCACUACAAAGCGAUCUUUUAUACUCUUGUGGUGAAGAUGGUUUUGUUAAAAUUUGGAAAAACAAUUUAGGGCCGUUAAACACUCCGGAAAGUUUUUGGGAUUAUUCUGAAAAAUUGAAUGUGUUGGAUGAAGACCAUAAACAAAGCUCAAUCAGUCUAAAGGAGCCUAUCAUUAUUCAAAAAGAAUCUGCGGUCACGAAGCCAAGGAAGGAGAAACACAAGAAAAGCAACAAACUCUCCACAAAGAGUCGUUUUAAACCAUAUUAA